AUGGGUACAUCAGAGAGUAAAUGCAAGGAAAGAGCAUUCGAAUCAUUGAAGGGCAAAGAUGCAAACUUUAGGAAGGCCCUUAGGAAGUUAAAAAAGAUAGAUAUCAAUGAUAUAAGGGACCAGAAUGGAUGCACUCUGAUAAACAGGGCAGUUAGUCUCGGCCGUAAACAGCUCGUACAGGAGCUGAUAUCGGUGGGCGCCAACCCCAACCUGCCCACCAACACUGGCGUCACACCCAUCCUCAACGCGGUGCUCAACAGCGACGAGGAGAUGGUCUCGAUGCUGAUGCGCUCUGGCGCCAACCCCAAUGUGAUGGCGGUCUCGGGCGACACGCCCCUGGCCGUCGCCGUCAAGAAUGGCGACGCCAAGUUUGUCGAGAUUCUGUUUGGCGACUAUGGCUGGAGUGUGGGCAGCGAGCAGGCCGGAGGAGCAGGCAGCAGCAGCAGCAGCAGUAGUGCAUGCGCACUCGACGUUAACUUUACGGACAAGAUGAAGAUGACUGGCCUGAUGUGGGCAGCAAGCGAGGGUGACGACACGAUGGUCCGCUUCCUGAUCAACGCUGGCGCCGAUGUCAACAAGCGCGACAUCAAUGGCCGAACGGCCGUCUACAUUGCCAAGGCAGGCGGCCACACCACCACCGUGGCCAUACUGAACGAGGCGUUCUGCAAGUCAAACAAGGUCACCAAGCAGGUGCUGCCCACGCCCACACCCAGCAUUGCCAACAUCCAUUCCACCAUGCCUCUGGUCAUGGCGCCACCCGCCAAUCCACCACCUGCCAACAACAACAUCACCAAUAACAAUGUAGUGGCGACCACCAACACAGCCAACGCAAACAACGCCACGACUACAGACAGUCUGGCCUCGUCAUGGUCCAGCACAGACUCUGUGUUCAAUCCACUGGCACCCAUAUCUGGCAUUGACAAUGGCAUUCAAGAUCGCGACUCUGUCUCCAAUCAGCCCACAUCAUCGGCCAGCAUGCUCAAACCCAAUCGUUCAACCGACUACCUGAGCGAACAUAACAACAAUGGCAACAACCAUAAUAGUAGUAAUAGUAAUAUCAACAUCAACAACAGUAGUAAUACAACAGAUGACGACGACGACGACUACGACAACACAGACUACUCAACAACAACAACAACCAGCGCAUCAUCAGUUACAUCGAAGAGAGAAUAG